AUGUUUUCGCGGGCAGCUGGGGCAGGUGAAGAGGCAAAAGGUGAAAAGCAGCAAGCCGCAGUGUUUCCUCGGAGUACCAGCGUCAGUCUGCCCGUGAGAAAUGUUUUGGUGAUCCCGGGUGGGGAAAACGAAAGGACGGGGAGCGCGGGGGAGGGGGGUAAGCGGCGGGGGGAAGGGCAGCGGAGUGAGGGGGAGGGGGAAGGGGGAAAGGAGGAGGGGGAAGGGGAGGGAUGGAAGGAGAGGCGGCAGGCGCAGGCGGAAGCUGUGACACGUGCCAUGCAGCGAUUGGACGUGGGGAAGGACGGCAGGGCGGCUGAAGUUGCGGCAACUCCAAGGGAGGAGCGCUCGCUCCGCCUGUCCCGCCAGCAGAAGCGGCAACGCAUGCUGCAACGGGCGGCCGCCGCCCUUCCCCAGCUGGCGCAGCGCGUCUCAGAGGCGCCUCGCUUCCGAUUGGACGAUUUUCUGGCGGCGCUUGACAGCCUGGCGGCGCUUCGGGGAAAGCUGAGAGCAGCCGUGGAGGCUGUUAUCGAGGAUGCACUGAUGCUGCUGGAAGAGGAGUUUGAAGCUACUCUCUCCAAGCACGGCAAGCCUCUGGAUCUCCCAACGCUCAAGUCCGCCCUGCACGCCCAGAAUUUCGCCAAUGCUGCAACAGCUGGUGCCAACGCCACUGCUGCUGGUGGAAUAGCAGCAGGGGCAGCGCCCUCUCUCCGUGCGCGUAGGGCCACGGGUGUCACCCCCAUCACCACCCGUUUCACCCGCACCUCCUCAGACUUCUCCCUUGCAGCUGCUGCUGCUGCUAGAGGCAACAUCAGCACUACCCCCACCAACCUGAGUAACUCCACCAAUUUUCUCUUUGACGAUCCCAUGAUGAUUGAAUUCAAUGCGUCUCUCGCUGAUGCUGCUGCUGCCGUUGCCGGCACUGCUCCUGCUGCUGCUGCUGCUGCUGAUGGUGCUGCUGCUGCUUCUGCUGGUGCUGCGGCUGUUGCUGAUGGGAGCAGUAGUGACGCCACUGGUGCUAGUGCUGCUUCUCCCGCCACUAGCGCCGCUGCUACGGAUAUUUCGCAUGGCACUCCAAUCAUAAGCCCCACAGGUGUUGCAUCUAACAACAGUAACAGCGCCUACACUAACAGUAAUAACCCGAGCCUCAAGACCAGUUCCGCUGCUGCUGCUGCUGCUGCUGCCGCCGCUGCUGCCGUUGGUGGUGGUGCUUCUGGUGCUCUCUGGCCUAUGUUUUCCGGCCCCCUUCCCUCCACAGUAGCUUCUAACUCACCUUACGCAUCCCCCUACACCUCCGGUUACAUUCCCCAUAACGCAUAUGCUUAUAACGCGGUUGGGUCUUCUUCCUUCUCCGCCUCUCCCUCCUCCUCGUCAGCUUCUCCCUAUGUGCGCCCCACUCCCCCCCGCAUCACCAUACCUAUCCAUCCGGACGAUGACGACGCCGAGCCUGACGCCAACGAUCUCCCGAACCUGACUCCAGGCUCGGCAGCCAGCGAGUGGGGGGAGUGGUUACCAGUGGCUGAGAUUGGCUGGUUACGCAAAAUGGCCACACGGAUCGUUGCGAUUGGUGGACUCACCCGGUGUUGCGCAAGAUACUGCGCCGCCCGUGGGCCGAGCAUAACGAGUGGCACGGCUUGUCUCGACCUGAAGGAGCGCAGCGUUGCUGAGCUGGAGGCCAUGCUGUGGAGCCAGCUGGAGCCCACCAUCAAAACAUGGCUGAGAGACGCCAACAUACUGAUCCGAGUGCUGCUGGAGGGAGAGCGCCUCCUCUGCGAGGCAGUCCUAGAGGACGCCCCAGAGCUCGACGCAGGCGGCGUGUAUCGGCAGCUUCUGUUGGCGUCGCCCUGCGUGGAGGGCUCUGUCGGCAAGCUGGUCGGCACGGCUCGUUCCAUUGCGGGGCUGACACGGUCCCCAGAAAAAGUUUUUAGCUUCAUGGAGAUGUUCCGAGCUGCCACCGGGCUGAGGGAUCAGGUGCAAUCUGUGCUGAUAGCAGCGGCAGGGGUGGGAGGAGGUUCCCUGUGGCCACAGUGGCAAGCCCUCCCUGCCCUCCUCGCAUGCGCCGUGUUUGAGACAAUAGACGAGCUCAACAGCACGCUGAGGGACGUGGAUGGACUCACCCCGGCUGCCAUGCCCUCUCCUGUUGCGCCCAAGAAGAAGCUUCUUAGCAGGAUAAUUUCCUGGAAGGCGCAGGAGGUGAAGAGCCAGAGCGGGGAUGACGUGGACGUGUCGGUGCAUGCGGUUACCAGCUACGUUGUCAACUAUAUAGGGCAGCUGCUAGACAGAACCUCUCGAGCCAACUACUGUGCUGUGCUGGAGGAGAUUUACUGGAGCCAUGGAGCGGACCAUUUGAAAGAGCCCAGCAGCAGCAGCAGCCGCGUGAACCAGAGGGUGCAGGAAGCAACAGCAGGGGCAUCGCUCCAAAAUCCUGCUUCUGCUCCUGCUCCUGCUGCCAGUGCUGCCGCUGCUGCUACCAGUGCUGCCGCUCCUGCUACCAGUGCUGCCGCUCCUGCUGCCAGUGCUGCUGCUGCUGCAGUUGUUGCCACACCAAGUGUCCCUUCAGACUCGCAUACUGCACUCGAUUCUGCUCCUUCCGCUGUUGCUGCUGCUGCUAGCAGUGGUGGUUUGAACCCCAUGCCUGGAACCCCUAAGGAAAAGGCUCGGGAUAGCCAAAAUGUUCCUGGUGGUGGCAGCGGUGGCGGCAGUGGCAGUGGUGGCGGUAGUGGUGGGAAGAAGGGCAAGGGGGCGGGUGGGAGGCAGAGGAAGAGGCAGCUAGGGGCGGACAUGGAGGCUCUGUUGGAUGCGCUCUACUUCAACAUGGAGGCUCGUGGACGGACCAUUGCAGACGGACCUCUAUCUGCUCUCUUUGUUCUCAAUAAUGCCAACUACAUUGCUUCCUCCAUCUCCUCCGGUCGAAUGAGGGAUGCCAUUCGCCACUCUGACCGCCUGGCAGACUAUGAGUCGGCCUUUGAGAGAGCCGCACUGUGCAAGCUGCUGGCAUGCUUGGAGCCAUUGGAAGUGAGCGCCAAGAUGAGUGCCGACAGUGUCAAGCAGCGUUUGAAGCGGUUCAAUGCGGUGUUUGAGGAGGUGGCACUGGAGCAGCGGCGGUGGAUCGUGCUCAGCGACAGCUGUCGCAAGGCCAUGCGCGUGCGAUUUGCCAAGGUCAUCAAGGGGGCAUACAUGGAUUUCCUCACUCCCCACAGGGAAAUAAUUUCAGACAUCCCAACAAUCAGGACGCACUCAUUUCACGCCGCCUUCCACGGUCCUUUCGAAAACUCCUGCGUCCCACAGUCGCUGCUCCGUUCUUCCGCUCCGCCCGUUCUCCCGAUCCCAUUUCCGGCUAUUCCCGGUCCGCCCUUUCCGCGCUCCAUGUCUUCCGCCAAGGCCGCCGGAUCUCUGCUCCGCUUCAUCCCGCCGUCGUACCUACCGCAGCGGGGUGACGUGCGGAGCGCCGUUACAUGGGGAACGACUGGAGUCGUCGGCGCGCUGUGGCUGAUUCAGCCCUUUGGUUGGAUUAAGGACCAGGAGCUGGUGGCAGCAACUAGUAUGAAGAGGCGAGGAGCGACCCGCCACGCCGCGAUAGCAGUCUUAGCUCUCCUCCUAUUAGGGCUUGCCACGUGUCGUUCACAGCCGGAGGACGACGAGGCAUUGACAGGUCAGCCUGCGGCUCUCCCCGACGACAUAGACGUCGCGGACGCUUCCAGCGGCGCAAUCGGCGACGGAAGCGGCGGGACCGGCGGAGACGACGCAGACACGUAUUCAGACGAUUGGGAGGAUCCUCUUCCCGGAGACCACCCUAACGGGGAUGACACGAUAGUAGACACGUCAGAUGACGUCGAAGCGGAUGUUCCGCCGGGAAAUGCGGCGAACCGUGACGUUAUUCCGGGCUCUUCCGCCGCUGUGGCGCAAGCGCAGGACUACAAGCCGGGCGGGGAGGACGGGUUCGCGCAAGGCCUAAGCGGAACGGCAGAGGCUCAAGCGCAGGAUGACCAGUCGGGCGGGGAGAACGGCUUUGCGGAAGGGCUGAGCGGAGAGGCGGAGGCGGAAGAGGAGCCGAACAGUGAUUGGCCGGCGGGGGAGGCGGGGGAAAGCGCGGAGGAGGAGGUCGGGGACGAGAGCGAGAGUGGCACUGCGACUAUCCAGGAAGCUGAUAACGGGUAUGGCGACACAGGCGGAACGUAUGAGCGGAACGUGCCGGCGCAAGCGGGUGGAGGCGCGGAACAGCCCGCGCAAGGGGACGCCUGGACCUUCGAGGAGGAUCAACCGGCGGAAGGCGGGGCGCAAGGGGAGGAGAUGGGGGAGCAGGGAGGGGGAGGAGAGCCGGGGUCAGGGGAAGGGGAAGGGGGAGCGGGAGCGGGAGACGAGACGGGGGACAAUAGUGACUACUUUUUUCACGGGGAGGAUCCGGAUGAGGAGGAGCAAUGGCAGAAGCGGAAGCACGGAUGGCAGGAUGAGGGCUCCAAUAGUGACUCUACCGACCCUAACGCUGCUGAUGAAGCUAACAUGCCUAGUGACUAUAACGAGGCAGAACAGACACAGUUUUCUGGGAACCCCGUGGAUGCUAACCCUAAUGGUGGGAAUCCUGAUGACGAUCUAUUUUCUGACAACAAUCCGUCUAAUUCUGACGAAGCAUUUCCUGACAGCAGUAGUCCAACCGCUCAGAACGCUGCUGCUACUAAGAUGGCUGACUACGCUACCUCUGGGUCAGGCUCGGAAGGAUCCGAACCUGCAGCUCCGGCGAGUAACAGUUACACUGAGAGUUACGAGAAGAUGUCUGGCGGGCAAAUUAGCGCAGAGGGCAUCUUAGGGAUCGUUCUGGGAGUGACUCUGGGUGCAGGCCUAUGUCUUCUGGUUGUCUGCGUGUGUUGGGUGCGGCAACGGAACAUCAAUCGAGCCAAGGAAUCUGAAGCCAUGACAGCAUAUGUUGAUGACAGCAGCGAGGAAGAGGACGAGGAGGGGUUGGAAGAAGCAGCAGACACGGCGCUGAUGGGAGGGAUAGUGGGAGCACACAGAGCCCUGGAUAUUGAAGCACAGCAGGCGUUGAAGUCCUCCAAGCGUUGA